ACCACUUCCUUCUCUCUUUCUUACUCAAUUUCUCCUUCUUCCAUAACUUCUUCUUCACCAUCUCUCAAAAUUCCAUUUUUUUGUUUCUGAUUCUCAUCAGUUUUACAUCUUCUUCUUUGUCUUUUUACAUAGCCUGCCUGCAAGUUGCUCUGUUUCACUCUGUUUUUACUCUGGUUUUGUAUAUAUAUAAGAAAAAGAGUAAAGCAUCAAUGGCGGCCAACAAAUUUGCCACCAUGUUACAUAGAAACACCAACAAGAUUACUCUUAUUCUAGUCUAUGCAGUUCUGGAAUGGACUUUGAUCGUUCUUCUUCUUUUAAAUUCUCUGUUUUCUUAUCUAAUCAUCAAAUAUGCAGAGUAUUUUGGCCUCAAAAAGCCCUGUCUUUGGUGUUCAAGGCUCGAUCACAUCUUCGACUCUUCAAAGAAGAAGGAUUCUUAUAGAGAUCUUGUGUGCGAUGAUCAUGCUAAAGAGAUUUCUAAACUGGGGUUCUGCUCAAAUCAUCAAACUCUUUCUGAAUCGCAAGAUAUGUGUGAGGAUUGCUCGUCCUCGUCGCAUCGCGAAUUCUCAAAGGAUUACGCUUUCUUUCCAUGGAUGAAGCAGAUUGGAAUCGCUCAAAAUGGUGAAGAUGGUGCUCAAAAUGGUGAGGUGGAGCCUAAAUGUUCUUGUUGUGGAGUCAACUUGGAGAGAAAGUUUUACUCUCCAUAUGUGUUGUUUAAGCCUUCUUGGGAGGUGUUGGAUUAUCCCCAAAAGGAAAAUUUGAUUGAGCAAGAUGGAGAUGAUGAUCAUUUUGAUCAAAGUAGAUCGGAUUCUUUGACCAACCAACUUGAAGAUGUUCAAAAGAUUGCUGAAGACAUGGGAAUUUUAAUUGAAGGGAGAGAAUUGGAGAUAGAGGAGAAUUGUUCAACUAAUGAAGAUGAUGAAGUGGAUGUUGUUAUAGAGAAAGAACAAGAGUCUUCUUCUUCAAAGGAGGAAGCUUUGAAGGCUUCAACAGAGGAUCCAUCUUGUGAUGAGAGUAAAAAUCAAGCACCUCCUGAAAGUACGACUAAGCAUUUAGAGUUUUACAUAGAUGGAGAGGAUUGUCAUUUGAUUCCAGUUGAAUUGAUGGAUCCGGCGACGGCUGAAGGGAAAAGUGGGUACAAAUUGAGGGAUGAAGGUGAGGGAAACGGUGAAAAUGAAGAUGUUAUUUUGGAUUUUACCAUGAAUGAUGUUGGGACAGAAGUUGAGUUGGUAAUGGAGAAUGUGGAGAACAGGUUCAGUUCAGAAAAGGCAAUGGCAUCACUUUCAGCCCAUGAAAAUGAGGAGCAAACUAAGGCUAUGGUGCUUGAACCAGUGGAAGAAGAGAAUGAGGAUGAAAAAGAGAAUGAGAGUGAGAGUGAGAACGAGUGGUCUUCAUUUAUACAAGCAGAAUUUGGAGAUUCAAUCGAAGACGAGCCCGAACAAGUUGCUGUCGCGCAAACGCCUCAGACCCCGUCUGUUGAUGCUCAAGGUGAUGCUGAAGCAAGUGAGGAAACAGCAGGAGGAGAUGUGGAAUUGGAAUCAGAUUUUAAUCAGGUUUCUGAUGAAGCACUUCGAAUGAAAAAUGAUGAAAUUGAUGCCGAGAUCUCGAUAGGGACAGAGAUUCCGGAGCAUGAACCGAUUGAUGACAUUCAAAAUGAACAAGAACCUUUUGCUAGUUCUUCUGAAUUGCAUGUAGAUAAUGGUUGUAAGCAAGUUGAAGAUGAUAAUGUAGAGUUCAAGACCAUAACAAUUGAGACAAUCAAUCAUUUGUCAAUUCCCUCGGAGGUUAAUGAGAUUGAAGAAGAUAAAGUUCCUGAUACGCCGACUUCUGUUGAUAGUUUUCAUCAAUUACACAAGAAGUUCCUACUACUUGAUCGAAGAGAAUCCGGAGCAGAAGAGUCCUUGGAUGGUGGAAGUGUUAUCAGUGACAUUGAUUCUGGAGAUGGAGUAAUGACAGUUGAGAAGUUAAAAUCAGCAUUGAGAGCAGAACGAAAGGCGUUAAAUGGUUUAUAUGCAGAAUUAGAAGAAGAGAGGAGUGCUUCAGCAGUGGCGGCGAGCCAGACAAUGGCGAUGAUAAAUAGGCUUCAGGAAGAGAAAGCGGCGAUGCAGAUGGAAGCUUUGCAGUAUCAAAGAAUGAUGGAGGAACAAUCGGAGUAUGACCAGGAAGCAUUGCAGCUUUUGAAUGAGCUUAUGGUAAAGAGGGAGAGGGAGAAGGCCGAGAUUGAAAAAGAGCUCGAAUUAUAUCGAAAGAAGGUUCAUGAUUAUGAGUCGAAAGAGAAAAUGAUGAUGUUAAGAAGAAGAAGCAGAACUUCAUCUGCUUCUUGCAGCAAUGCUGAGGAUAGCGAUGGUCUAUCUAUUGAUUUGAAUCACGAAGUGAAGGAAGUAGAGAGCCCUGAGAAUAACCAAGAAAGUAGCAAUCAGAACACUCCUGCUGAUGCAGUUCUAUAUUUGGAGGAGUCAUUGGCUAACUUUGAGGAUGAAAGGCUAUCCAUUCUAGAGCAACUCAAGGUUUUGGAAGAAAAAUUGUUUAUAUUAAACGACGACGAGGAGCAACAUUUUGAGGAUAUAAAAUCAAUUGAUCAUUUCCACAGAGAGAAUGGUAAUGGCUAUACUGAGGUUUAUGAUUUUGAAAGUGAAAUUAAUGGGCUAGCCAAUGGCCAUUUCAAAGAAAUGAAUGGGAAACUUCAUUAUCAAGAAAGGAAAAUUAUCGGUGCUAAGGCGAAGAGACUUCUUCCUCUUUUUGAUGCAAUUGGUACUGAAACUGAAGAUGGAAUUCUCAAUGGACAUGAACUAGAGUUUGAUUCUGUUGCAUCGCAGAACUCCUCUAUCACAAAAUUUGAACUGGACAGCAAGAGGUUUGCUCUUGAGGAAGAGGUCGAUUAUGUCUACGAAAGGCUACAAGCACUUGAGGCAGAUAGAGAAUUUCUCAAGCAUUGCAUGAGCUCCCUGAGAAAAGGAGAUAAAGGAGUAAAUCUUCUCCAGGAAAUCCUACAACAUCUUCGCGAUCUCAGAAGCGUUGAGCAACGUGCAAGAAAUAUCGAACAUAUUGCUUCAUAAAAACGCAAAUCAAUUCCAAAAAAAAGAUUACAGAUUGUUCAAAUUCUAGGACAAAGAAGCACCAAAUGCAUUUGGAAAAUUGCAACAAAAUUUCAAAGGAAAGUCCCUGGAUGGAGAGGGAAGCUCCUGGUAAUUAAAAGAUCAGCCUAAUGAUCUUUAUCUUUUGGUGGACUACAAAUGAAAUUUUGCAAGUCUACCCAGUUUUUAAUUUUGAUUUUAAUGGUUUUGGUGUCAAAGGUUAACCCAAAUUUUUGGUGGGUUGAGCUCAUCAUGCACUUUUUUUUGGGGGAAAAAACAGUGGAAUGAUGAGUGUUUAUGUGUGUGUAGGGUAGUGAGGUUAUGAAGGCAACCAAGCUGUCAAUUUGUAUUAUGUUUGUGAGAAAAAGGCCUGGACUCAAUGAUCCAACAAAGAUUCCAAGUUUGCCAGGCAAAAUUAGGAUUAGUUUAUUGGACAGUUAGAGAAUUAGGAGAGUUGUUUAUUUUGGGGGUUAAUUUUUUAAUCUCUUUUUCUUUUUUCUUUGUCUAUUUCACAAGGGGUUUGUACUUUUGUAUACUAAAUGUAUCCGUCCUUCUGUAAGUAUAUAAAGUGAGUGUUUGUUUA